AUGUACGGCCUAGAAUUUUCCCCGUCAAUAGAAUUUAAUAAUUAUGAGGGAGGUGUAAAAGUAACAAAAAAGUUAAAUAUAAAAAAUACAACUAAGAAUAUAGUGAGGUUUCGAUUUUUAUUUCAAAUAAGUUCCUAUUUUACUUACCCAUUGCAAGAAAUAGAAAAUAUUAGUCCUGGUUUAAGUAAAAAUUAUUUCAUAAGUUUUCUGAACCCCUUAAAUGAUUUUCAAACAAUUUGUGAGACAUUAAAUAUAUUAAUAAUAGAAGACAAACAGAAAGAAAAAAAAAUAUCUAUAAAACUAACUGCUACUCCUUUAAAAUGUGAUGUAAUUUUUUCAUCGGUAUUAAACUUUAACGAAAUGGUAAUAAAGCAAAAAACUAUAGAAGAAAUGGAGAUAAAAAAUCAAGGUACAUUAAAUACUGUCAUCAAAUUAUCACAUAAAAAUAUAUCAAAAGACGAAAAAAAAAAAAUAAAAAUAAAAAUAGAACCAUCUCAAUUUAUUUUAAAAGCUAAUCAAAAACAGUCAAUACAUAUAAACAUAUAUUCAGAAGUACCUCGAAAAUAUAAGGAAUACAUAUCAUGUUCUAUCAUUGAAAUACCGAAACAAAUAGAAAAACAUGUUUUUUCUGAGGAAAUUGAUAAAUCAAAUAGGACUAUGAAUCCUUAUGAGAAUGAAGAGAAAACUAUAAAUGAUAUUAUUCAAAGAUUAAAUCAAGAAAAUGUACAAGUUCGUUUAAUAAAAAAAAAAAUUGAGAUGAAUUGGGUUUCUGUGCUACCACAAAUUAAUAUAUUAUGGAAAGAAAAUGGGGAAAUAUUUAAAAAAAGUAUAAUCAAUUUUGGUCAAAUAACUCUAGGUCAAAAAAUUACUAAAACCAUCAUCUUGCAGAAUCUCACAGGUGCUCCGAUUAAAGUCGAGGUUAAAAAGCACAAAGAAAAUAACAUUUUUACCAUUUUAAAUGAAAAGUUUACAAUGAAGGGAAAAACUAAUGAAGAAAUUAUUUUAAACAUAAACGGACACAGCCCCGUUAAUCAGUACACUGAGAUAAUUCAAUUUAAAGCAUGCAAUGAUUAUUGCAUAGAACUAUUUCUAAUUUGUGAAAUUAAAGAUAUAAAAUUGUAUUUCUCAAAAAUACUUUAUCAGUUUGAAAAUAUGAAAUUAGGAGAUACAGCUAAUGAUAAAAUUAUCAUACGAAAUGAAGAAAACAUAGAUCUAGAUGUAGAAUGUAUAAGCACAGGAUCAUUUUUUAAUAUAAACAAUAAAAGAUUUAUUAUAAAGAAAAAUAGUUUUUAUUCUAUAAAUUUAACAUGUGAUUGUAUUUACCCUAUAAAUGUUUAUAAAAGAUUGUAUUUUUUAGUUCACCUAAAUAAACAAAUCUUUUAUAUAGAUGUAAUCUGUAAUUUUUCUAUAAAUUAUAAAAUGUGUCCUCUUUCUAUGCAUCAUAUAUAUAGAUAUAAACAAUUAAUAUAUGAUAAACAAACCUUAUACAACUCUUAUUAUGAAAAAAAGGAAUAUAUCGAUAUUUGGGAUUUUCCAGUCGAAUAUGAUUCUUAUCAGGAUUCCUCAUAUGAAAUAUUAAAUGAAAUAAUGGACCUAAAUGAAAAGGAUGUAUUUGCAGUUCCUACGGAGUUAGAAGUUUUAGAAUUCGAAGAAAAGGAUUUAAUGAUCAUAAACAAAACACCAAUAGAAUAUACAUGCGUAUGGUCAAAUGCUUUAGGUGUAAAUAGAAAGAAAUCAAGUAUUUUUGUAGUAACACCUUCAGAAGCAAAACUGUUACCUUUCGGUUAUCUGAUAUUUAGAGUUAAAAACGUAAAAAGCCUAAAGGAAAAAUAUACUCGAGAAGUAUGCGAAUGCAUUGUAUUCCCUUCUAAUAACAAAGAUUAUACAAAGUGCAAUAGUAAAACAUUAUUACCACCCAUAUUUUUAUAUGUUACUGUUUACCAAUUCAAGAUCAAAUAUUUAUGUGAGACGGAAAAUGUAGCUCACAGUUUAUUUUUCUUUCCAAAACAUAUUUCAUUCUUAAACAUGAUUGAAGAAGAAAACACGUAUGCUAUUGCUAAAUUUGAAAAUAGCACCGAUAAUACCCAAAUCAUCGAUUUUACACAAUUCAAAAGUGAUGUUGAAAGCAUAAGAGUAUAUCCCCUGAUAAACUAUAUACCUAAAAAAAGUUUUUUAAAUGUAGUUAUUUUUUAUUCUCCAAAAAAAAGAGAAUUAGCUCAUUCAGAGAUAAAAGUAUACUACGUAGUAAACGGAAUUGAGAAAAAGUAUAUAUCUGUGUUUGUUUCACAUGAAAUAAAUAAUGUUGUGUUAAACAGAGAUGACCCCAAUAUAAAUUUACCCUACGUAAGCAUCGAGACAGAAAGCACUAAAAAAGUGCCAAUUGAAAACAUGACCGAGAGAAAUGUUUUAUGUUUGCUGAUUAAAGAAGACGCAGAUGAAAUUGUUAAUAUUACUAUAGAAGGAAAGAAAGAUAUUCCUGAACAAGAAAAAGACGAGGAUACUGAUGAAUUUGAAGACAAAGAAUCAAAUAUAAAUAAAGAAUCUAGCUCGCUUAUUAAUAAAGAAAAAAAAUAUAAUUUUUUCUUUUUUUGCUUACUACCUUUUGAAAAGAAAAAUUUACAUAUAUCAGCUUUUUCCGACUUUACUCUAAGUAAAUCUGUACCUUUACUUUUCACCUAUGCAUUAUAUAUAAAUGAUACAGAUAUGGAAAAUAAGUUUACAUAUUUAAAAAAAAAUAUGAGAGAUCAUAUGAAAAGUUGUAAGAAGUUCGUUAUUAACGUUAAUAUAAUAAAAUGUUCCCUGACACUCCACCCUAAAAUAAUUGAAAGCAAACCGAUAAUUUGCGGAAAACAAUAUAACGCAAAAAUAAGGAUACAUAAUGAACAUCCUGUGAAAGUGAACUUUAAGACUAAGGCUGAAAUUGUUCAAGUAGACAACUCAAAAGUUUUCGAUGAAGAGGAAAUUAAAGAGGCAGGAAAGGACAUAAUAAUGAAGAAGAAUGAAGACGUAAUAAAUGCCUUUUCAGAUAAAUAUUUCUAUGUUAGUUUUAAUACUAAGAGAAAGGGGCGUUUCAUUUACCGAUUUUUCACCAUUGUGGGAGAAAAAAAGUGUUCUGUUGAUAUAAUUGUUAACGUGGUUAUGCCUUAUUUUCAAAUUAUUGACAUAGACAAUUUUAAAACCCCAACAUCUAUAUAUUGGAAUAUGAUUUCUGCAGACAAAAUUAAUGAAUAUUUAAAAGAUAAUAUUUCCAAAGUAGACAUAGAAUACAAGAAAAACCAAGGGAUGCAGAAUAUGAAAAAGUUGUUCAAUCAAUUUAAUUAUAUAGAAUUUAACAUUGGAAAUAAUAUGCUAAAUGAAAUAACAAGAGUAAAUAUAGUUUUGUACAAUCCACUGGACACAUCACUAAACGUUCAGAUAAAUACUAUAAAAUCAUAUAUUCUUCCUAUUUUACCCCCUUAUGUCAAAAACCAAGAAGAAAAGCUAGCGCACAUUUUGUAUGUAGAUAGUACGUUUUGCAAUUUUAUGAGAUGCUUAGACAGUUGUGAGAUUAAUCCAACAAAAUUUAAAAUAAACAAAAAAGGCACAAAAAUAAUUACGUUGCUAUAUAAGAACAAAUAUAUUGGCUUUCAUAACAUGCCAUUAAUUAUUGAUGUGGAAAACGGAAAAGUAGUUCCCCUGAAUUUAUGCUCCUUAACUUUUCACCCUAAAGUUCCCCCUAUUUAUCUGAUGAAUAUAAAGGAUUUAAAUCACCACGUUUGGGGCUUACAAAAUGAGUGUAUCAUAAAUGUAGACCUAUUAAAUGAUAGUGAAUUAGAUAUAUUUUAUGAAAUUGAACAAAACGACAAUCUUAUAGUUUUAAAUCCUAAAGGAAUAAUUAAAAGGCGAAAAUAUAUUUCUCUCUUUAUAUUAAUUUCAAGAUUAUCACCAUCUAUAAUUAAUGAAACAUUGAUAAUGAAAUCGUACUUCAAACAUUUGCAGAAGGAUAUAGAGUUAAAUAAAAUACAAAUAGAGUUAAAGCUAAAUAGCACAUCAAAUGAUAUAUACAAAAAUGCAUAUAAGAAAAUUAACAUGUUCAAUAAUAAAUAUAUUAUGGAUUCUCAGAAUCAAAACAUUAAGACAAGCUGCUCACAUUUUCUCCCUUCUUAUUCGUACAUAUACGUUCAAAAUAAGUUGUUUUAUAUUUCUCCUAGUUCUAUUAGCAUUUUAUACGCCCCAACCAACUCCUUAAUCGAAAGGAUUGUUAUAAUAAAAAAUUAUUCACCUUUAAAAAGUUUAAAAUUCAAAAUAUCCAAUAAAAAUACGCUACCUGGAAAUAUUUUAAAAAUAUAUCCACAUAAAGGAAUUGUGGAAAGAGGUGAACAAACAAUUUUGCGGUUUAGUUUUAUUUUGAAUGAUAUAUUGUUAGACAUUGAAGGAAAUAUUCAAAUAGAGUUAAAGUUUAUAGAUGAUUAUUCUACCACGAAAAGUGAAAAUGGGAAUGUUAUGUGCAACGUAGAUGAUUCCUUUGAAACGAAUAUUGAGGAAAUAUAUGAAGACACGAGAGGAGAAAAAAAAAAAAAGGAUGCUGAAGAUAAGGUUUUAUCAAUAAAUGAAGUUAAAAAGGAGAAAAGAUUCGAUGAUGUGACUUUCUCACAUUCCCAAAAAAUAUUUGAAAAUAUUAAAAUGUUCAAAUAUACAUAUGACAACGUUAAUAGAGACAUGCUUCAAAAAGCAAUUAGGCGAUUGUAUGGAAUUAAAAAUGAGGACACGGUGAAAAAAGACAAUUUAAAAGAACCAAUUAAACAAGGAAUUAAAAAAUAUUCAAAGUAUUAUUUUUAUAUUCAUGUUAAGCUAUUUACAUGUAAUUGUGAUGAUGCAAUGACAAAAAAAAGUAAUUUUGAGAAUUUGAUUCAAACAAAUGUUUACCCAAAAUUAUUGUACUUCAAAAAGUACAUGCAUCUGCCUAUGCCAUUGGAGGACAAAUCAAAAAGAUUUUUUAAAAGACAUUAUUUUGAUUUCGACAAAUUGGAGAAACUGAAAAUUCAGAAUGAAAAGGAGAAAGAAGCCCAUUACAAGCAAAAAUUUAUAUAUCAGAAAAGGGACAUAUACUGUUGUAUGUUUUCGGAGAUGUUUAAAAGCAUAAUUAAAAAACAUAUUAAAAAGAACUUUAAACAACUUUUUGAUAUAAGCGCGUGCUCAAUACAAACUAUUGACAGUAUUUUAAAGGAAGAUUUAAUUGACACAAUAACAAGAAAUAAAAAGAUGGAUUUAAUUUCUCAAGUGGAAUGUGAUUACUCAUUUUUGAAGCCGACGAUUUUAUCCCAUAUUUUUUCACAUAUAUUUUCAGAUAUUAUUAAUAAUCUAAUAAACGAAAAAAUUAUGCUUGAAAAAAAGUUCGAUUGA